AUGGCCCGUCUAUUCUCCUUGUUCCCUGUGCCUUCCUUGAAAUGGCGAUCCGUAUCAAUCAACCCCAAUAUGCUGUCAUCCUUUGCUGGCAAGCCUAAACAAAGCAACUAUGAAGAUAAAUUUAACAUGUUCCAUACUGUCUUUGACCUGUCAAGUUUGGGCGUGAACAGAUCCGAUGGUUUUGCAGCGGAUGUGGUGUUAUAUAAGGGUGUGAACAAUAAUGAAGAUAUCUGCAACUCUUGUGAAAAUAUGGCGUUCACAUCUGCUUUUAUAAACUUCCACGGCAUCCAAUCCUGCGCAGGAUGUGGAUUGCUUUGGCAACGGGAUAUAAACGGUUCAAAAAAUAUUUUCAAGAUCGCCAAUGGCAUCUUUCGUGAAUGUGGCAGACCUCAAGCAUUUUGUCGCCGUAUCGAACACGGUUCUCCUUCUGGAGUUUAG